CUGGGGCGUGUAUGUUACCUAGCUAUUGCUAUGCUACUAGAAACGAGUGUACUAGAGGUUGGUUUACGUCGAAGCCACAUUGCCCAUUGAUGUCGGGACGGAGUCGGAAAAAAGUGUAUCUCGAAACCAGCAGUUGAGCACAGUGGGGGGAAACUACGAUCCAGGGAAUUCGGAAAGACAGUAACUGCAGGCCACUGCUACGAGACUAACCGGGAAAAAGGAGACCUCGCACACACCAGUGGAAAGAAGUGUUCAUAAUGAGAAAUGUUUCCAAUUGACUCAAUUUUUUCACAUCGGUACUGUUUUGUGGGGUCGAAGGAGACUUAGCAUUUUUAUGGAAGACCCUAAUCGUAAACGAACAUAUCCGUAACUGAUAUAGCUUUAAUAUUACGACUUGUAUGGAAAUAUGACAUUUGUUACAAGAACCUGCUCCUGAGUGAGGUUUACCGGUCCAGGGAAACUUUUAUUUUGCCACAAUGCUGCUGCCAUGUUUGCAAAGAGCUCUACGACCCACCCUCACGCUGAGUACGAGGCUAGCGUUGGGAAAGGUCUGCGUUAAACCACCCAUGGUUCGCAAGCCUCUGUCACCGGCGCUGUUGAUGCAGAGCAGUGACUUGGGCACACAUUCAACCAGGGAACCAAUGGAGCCGCUUCACUCGCCGCAGGGGGCAAGGGAGUUCAUUUAUAGCCUUCACCCAACGGAACGUUCAUGCUUACUGAAAGAACUCCACCGUUUUGAAUCUAUAGCCAUUGUCCAAGCCUCUAAGAAAUCACGGUACACCCGAGGUGCUCCCGGCGAGCAGCCCCCAGAGGAAGAGCCACGUGCCGGCCCCGCCGCCGACGGACAGAGUAUUAAGCAGUGUGAACAACUGGACAUGGCUCCUCCCACUACUGCUCAGCUAAGAUACGUGCUUCUGCACAAUGCGAUCCCCUUCGUCGGGUUUGGCUUCCUUGACAACGCCAUCAUGAUUGCCGCAGGGACGCAGAUAGAAUUAUCCAUUGGAGUGGUCUUCGGAAUAUCAACCAUGGCAGCGGCUGCCUUGGGGAACCUGGUUUCUGAUCUGGCUGGCCUGGGUCUUGCAGGGUAUGUGGAGGCUCUGGCCUAUAGGCUGGGCAUGCAGAUCCCUGACCUCAGCCCCAAACAGGUGGACAUGUGGCAGACCAGGGUCAGCUCCCAUAUGGGAAAGGGCAUCGGAGUCACCAUCGGCUGCCUCCUGGGCAUGUUCCCCUUGCUCUUCAUCGGGGACGACGACGAUGACGAGGACAAGAAGAAGGAGGCCCACCCCAGCAGCAACUGACACUGUCACCCGCAGGCCGGCGGAUCUCUUCAUGCGUGAAAAGCCACGCUCGGACCGAUCCGCCACAAACUGUUGUGCGUUUACUAUAGCAUAGCUAGCCUCUCUGCUCCACGGGAGACCUGCACACGGUAUGAUAUCAACACUAAAGGCAUAACCCGCUGACAACGCCAUCGUCUGAACUGCAUUUCAGAAGCCUACCUUCAAAUUUACCAGAACCCACCAGCUGCUGUAUCUGCUUCUUGGGGCUAAGCCUACAGUAUGUUUGUGCCGUCUUAUAUUUUGACAGUUGGUUUUCCCCUUGCUUUCAGCAGAUGGAGGGGGCCAUUGCAGUCACAUCACAUUUCCGCAACCUCAUUUUAGAGCAUCUGAAACAUAUUCUGCAUUAUCUGAAGAUUUCUGCACACUGUCACCAUAAGCACUGAUUUUUUUGUGUUACCCUCACAGUAGCAUCACACUGAAUCUCAGUGCACUUCCUUCUAAGGUCCUGGGUGUGCUCUAUAGUCCAGUUAGUGUGCAAUCUCUCAUCGAUGGUGUUUUUAGGCUCAAGUGGGUCUUCUGGUGUUUUAUGUAGUUUUGUGUGGUGUUGCAUACUCCUUAGAGAACUUUGCUGCAAGUCAGAACAUUAUAGGAAUAGAUCUGUGGUAGGGUAUAAUUUGGAUCCACAAAGAUAGUUAACCUGAGGUAUUCUGUAAUACCUCACUGUAUAGUUGUAUGAAACCUAAGGGAAAUUGUGUAUUCAUGACUCAUUUGGGAUUGACUUGGCACUGUUUUUGGAGUUGUCUCCAUUUUAUUAUUUUUUGUCAUUACAAAAUAUUUCCCCAGUGUUAAGCCUUGGUUUUGUUAAUAGUCCUGCAAAGUGCGCAAACACACAGGUUAGUUUAUACAUGUACAUGUAUAUCCUGAGGGACUGAAAGCUUACCAUCUUUUUAAAUGUUGUUCAAGAGAGAAUGGAGAAGUAAGAAUAUUCUUAAUGAGUUUUUAUGGAACUUGAUUGAAGCCCAAAAGCUGGGAAAUGUAGGAAAUAUCAUUUUUAGAUUUGCCUUUGUGUUCUGUCACAAGCAUACCAAAAGGGAUGAUGUUUUAAGACUGGUUCUUAGACAUUUUAUUGGGACCUAGAAAUAUUUGUUUAUUGGGAUCUAGAUGAGAAAUGUAGUGUCUUUCAGGGACCCAUAAAAAUACACAUCCAGUACUAGCAUAGAUAGCCUAGCGGACACACAUUCUGGAACUCACCUCACACACUCCUACCACCAAUUUUGGGUCCCAACAUAGUUUAGGAAACCCUGUUUUAAGAACAUGCCCUUAAUAAUUAAUUUUUUUUGGUCUGCUUAUAAACAUUUUAAUAUUAUGCAGGAAAAAAUAUUUAUUAUGUUAGUGCAGAUGACACUUUGUGUUCUCAGUGUGCAUAUGGAAGGAAAAAGCUGUAUAUUUCGCACAGAAUUCAGUCUUAUCAUAGGAGUUCUCAUUUGGAAAAUGCUUAAAUUACUCUGCGAUUGCAUAACUGUUCUGGUUUGAGGCAGGUCGAAAAAGGACUAAACCUGUCAUUCAUUUUGUCCAUCUGCCACAUUAUCCAACAUUGGAUCAAGUCAUUAUAUCGUGUCUGCUUGAAAAAAGUGUAACCGGCAAUACCUUUUCUUUUGAUUGGUCUUGUUAGUCCAGACUUUUAAGGACAUCUUCUGGACUAGGGGUGCGCACCAGGGGUGCUCAACUCCGGUCCUGGAGGGCCGGGCAAACUGGUUUUUGUUCCAACCAAUUACCUUAAUUUAUUUUUCUGACACCUCUAUAAAAGAUGUUGGUUCACUCCUAUACUUGAGCACAGUAAAAUCUUUUGGAUACACUUGCAGUCUGCGGCUGUAGCUGGUGCAUAUGUCUGAUCAAGACAUUAAUUAGCUAAUUAAAUCAUUAAGAGCUAGAGUUAGCUCUAGUUAGCACAGGAUCCUGAAGCAGAUCGGCCCUUGCUGUACACCCCUGACUUAGCCCUUUAACAAUGAAAUGGCUUAGUCAUCCAAGAGCAGAACUGGUACUGAACAAUGGCAGACCAGUUCAGACCAAGUAAAGGUGUCAAACCCCCACUCAUGGGCUCUAGCAUAUGAACAUUCAAUAAGAGGACCCUCAACAUGCACACUGCGCUACAAGUUGAGACCCUGCACCCUUUGUAAGAGUAUGCAGAUGAAACCUGUGAAUAUUGUUGGUGAGAAAGUGGUUCACAGUCAGUACACAAACCCACAAGUCUUGAGCAUGUCGCCUUGUCUGCAGAUCUGCAAUUAUUUUGCCUUGUUUAUCAUUGUGUAUAGAAAUACUAACUUGUUCCUGAAUGAUACGAUUUGAAGGUUCUCAUUCUACACAUAGAUUAAAUCCGCAUGAUCCAAUAUACUAAUCCAGUGUAAAGGCAAUAAUGAUAACAUGAUUUAUAAUGGACUUAUAGGAUUCAUUUUUUAGUGUUAUGUUUUGGCAGUGGUCGUGUACUGUUGCCAAAUAAUUAUAAUGUUUUAUUUACGCACAUUAACUUUGAUAUUAUGAUUUAUUUGUGUUCAAACUAUUUUGUGUGGGAUUUAUUUGUUUGACUAUUGAUCUGAAUGUAUUGUGUGUGACAUUUGGACUUGAAUACCUCCUAGUUACUAGUUGCGUGAGUAUCAAACUGUUCAGCAUUAGGAUUUUAAGAUAAGACUGUACGACAUAUUGCCACGCCCUGUUCCCAUAACACUAGAUUGGAAGCUGAUGGAUGAACAGCGUGUUGGUUCUAGCAGUACAGCUUUGGUCUUAAUUGAGUAUUGUGCGUUCCCUAUGUUGCACCUUCUUUCUUAAGCGAGAGUCAGAGAUAUGACUUGCAUCCACCUCUGCUACACGUUGAAGUAGGCUAAUGAAGGCACCUGUGCUGUAGUAUGGGUGUAUCUAAUCGCGGUGUGGUAUGAGCGUAUCUAAUUCUUAGUGUGGUCCUCCUUCUUUGAAUCACCUUCUCUCUGCUUGUAUUUUAACUGGAAAGGCUUACGAUGCAUGUGUAAAGUCUAAGCGGGGCUGGCAUGCAUGUGUGAGCCCGUGGGUGAUGUUCAGAAGAGCACCUUCUGCUCUGUACUCAUACCUCAGAAUGCACGGCCUGGCUCUCGUUUGGGGGGAAGGGGUCCUCUGCACACUCUUUCCUUCCCUAAAAAGCAGGACGUGUUGACUGCUGUCUACUAAUGAGCAGUGCUGCCUGAACCAUUCUGCGAACUCUCCCGUAUUUUAAUUGCCUCCAAUGUUCUACAUUUUCCAGAGCAUUUCUCCACACCUUGAAUCUCCCUCGUGAAUAAAAGUCCCGUGCAUGGAGAACACAUAAUAAACUAAGACUUCAUUUGCCCAUGCUACUAGUGCUACUAGAAUAAGCAGUCAUCUACAUGUAGCACUGAUUUCGUCAGUAACUGAACAUCUGGAGGGGCUUUGAAUGAUGCACUGAAGCCAAUGUAUAACAAAUGGGAGAGAAAAUGUCACCCUGGCCUGAAGCAAUGAGGUAGCAUAUAUUUGGUCUUAUCUUUGAAUCAAAAUGUGCUAUGCUUUUUAAUUGAAUCGGCAUGCUUUAAAAAAGAAUCUUGGUGGGAAUGUAUAGCACUGCUCUCCCUGGCGCAGUAAUUAUUACAUUUCUGUGAAAUGCAUUUGGAAAAUAUUUAUUACAUUUGAUUUCCCGACAGAUACGUGUUGCAAAGGAGAAUUAUGUUAAGCCAAAAAAAGGUACAAUGUGGUUCUGUUGAAAAGCCUCCAUUUAUUUUGCUCUUAGUGUAAAUAGAUUGCCUGAUCCUCAUUAAAACAAUGAUUCAAAAUGUUAAA